AUGGGUAGAAGACGUGGUCGUGAUUUUGGUUACGGAGGAUAUGACUGGAGAUAUAACAACUACGGAUACGUUGGCGACAGUCGUCGUGGUCGCGGAAAUUGCCGUGAAGUGAAGAAUAUCUGUCGUGCACCAGUUGGACAAUAUCCGGAAACAGCAGAAAACACAGUAGUGUAUGAAUGCAUAAAGAGUUCUUCUGAGAUGCAGAAGAAUGAGCCAAAAAUACCAUGUGCAAUUAACAAUGAUUUCGCAGAAAAUGAUGCAAAAGAGCUUGAAAUUGUAUCCGCUACAAAUACUACAAAUACUGAAACAACCGAUGAGUUAACCAACCCAGUCACGCAAGAUAUUGAAUUGGGAAGCGAAAAGGACUUUAAUGGCAAUACGAUUUUAUUGUCCAGGGAUAAAAGUAAUGUCGUCAGAGAAAGCUGUAUUGUCGAUCGUCGUCUAUAUUUGUGUCCACAGCGAAAUGAGACAUCAUUAAGAGUUCGGAGUGAAUUGGAUCUUUUGGACCCAUUGCGUAAUGUGGGCAAAUCGGAUAGUGCAAAAACAAAGGGAACUAAUGCUGAUCCAUCUGAUCCAUCAUGGAGCUCUUGUUUCGAGCUUCACCUCAAUGGUGAUGAAUCUCAAAAUUCGAAUGUCAGCAGGCCAAAAACUACCUCGACAUCAUUGGAAGUUCUUCAUAAUGGAGAAAACUCUGUUCUAAAUGUUACUCGAACUUUGAGCAUUUCUGGACAAAAACUUGCUUCUGUAUCGGACGAACACUUCUAUAUUGAGUUAAGCGACGAUGUAGACGAAGUUAAUAAUAAGGGUGAUAUAAACAGGCUUAUAUCAGUUUCCAAAAAAGAUUUAUGCAAUAAUGGUUUGUAUGAUGAGACUCAUCGAACCUCUGACAAUUGUCUUGAUGCUGUAUGUGGUGAAGUAUCAGCUAAUUCACGCUUUGUGACAAGAUGGAGAAGUUUUUCUUUCUCUGCGCAGAACUGUAAUCAUACUGAGAUAUUCACGACAAGUAAGGAUAAGAACAAUGCAAUUGAUAUUGGAAAAGCUAAAAUAUUGUUGACAGCACAAGGGUAUCAGAAAACACCUUUGUGUCAAUCGCGUGAUUGUAUAUCGUUAACCGAUCGGUCAUCAUCUAAUUUUACUUUUUCAUCUGCGCACAGCAACAAAAGUUUUACUGAUUCUUUUCCUUGGGGUGAUGUUACUUCUUCAGUGGAGUCACAUAUAUCAACACCGAGAAAUAGUGAUGUUGCAACAAAAGAUAAUACAUCAAUGGAUGCAUCGCUUCCUUAUAUGAUGCUACCAGACACCGAUCAUAUAUCAGGAUGUAAUUUCAACCGAACACAAAUUAGCCGUGAAGAAUAUGUUAAAGACAAAACAAAUGUUGAACAAAAAGCAAAAGUCGAAUUGCCCAAAGACGAACUGAAAAAACAUUGCUUUGUCACUCAGCACACUAUUAUUUAUCCUGUAAGUCAUUUGGAAAUGCAGUGUUUUCCGAAUAGUACCUAUCAGUUCAAAUACGAAGAAAAAGAUGAAAAAAGUGUGGACAAGCAAGCAGUUACUUUACGCAGAGAUCAGUGUUCGCAAACUAAGGAACUUGUGGUAACGCAAUCACCAGAGGAUACAAAUCGAGCAGUGUCUGUGUUGAAUACAAUGUUAGAGCGACGUUUAAAUAACAGUGGAAGUCAAAAUGGAUCUUUUACGCAGGAACGAUUAAACAGUUUUUAUUCAACACCACUCGGUUGCCCAAAAUCACCACCACAAAAGAUUUCGAAUUUUCAAAGUUUUACGGUAACCAACAGAUUACAUGACCUUGUUGAUAGAAGUGAUGCUCCAUUACCACAUUCAAAGUGUUUGUCAGUUGGACCUGAGAUGGAUAAAAAAACAGCAACGAUUGUGAAUGAACAGUAUGAACAUAUUGUCAAGGAACCGAAGGAAAUUUUGUUAAAGCAAUAUUGCCAGGAAAAUAGCUCUGAGAAGGCAUCACCAAUAUCAGGUAGCGAAGGACGCUCAACAAUUCGCAAUCGUUUGCCAAGAGGACAAACACGUAAACUCGCGUCUUUGUUUGAAACGAUGAGUGAUGCAGCAAGUGUAGAAAUGUUGCGAGAGAUGGAUCACUUGAAACGCCGUGGUAAGUCAGUUCCGCCGAACAUUAUCAAAAAAACUUGUCACCAAGAGACUGAAGUCAAUACCAGGGAACUUUUUCGAGAUCUAGCAGUUCCACUCAAAACAAAUGAGAUUGAAGGACACUUUAUAAAAGACGAGCAAGUUGUUGAAGCACGCAACGUACGUAGCAUUGUGAAUCGAUUUGAAUCGGUAUCUGACCCAAAUAAGUGUCAAAAUCCACCGCGGACAAUCCAAAUCGAUACAACACCACGAAAACUAAAGAAUCAAAAACGAUAUUCACAGUCACCUUCAUCGCGAUCAGAUGAAUGGAAUGAGUGCUCGGGUCACGGAAGUUCCUCGCACAAUUUGCCGUACGGUAGCACGAGCUGUGCUAACGUCUGGGAUCAACAGCAAUACGAAUUAGGAUUGCGCAGGGGAAUAACUAAUCUGAAACGUUACGAUAGCAGAUACAACAGAGUAACGAAUGAGAUUCUCAGUCAAGACCCGUCCUAUGCUAUGCAAACGCAAAUGCGCCAAAUGAAUUAUAAUCCUGAAGUACAAUCAAGUUGCCGUAUGGAUGUUAUUACCGAUCGUUCGCAAAAACAUAUUUAUGAGGAAAGACUUGAUAAUGAAAUUGUGGAUCACGUUGCUGAAGUAGAAAAAGCGUUUGAUUUCGUCAACAAGACUGAUUCACUAGCAACUCUUGGUCAACAGUGUUCGCAAGAAUCUCUGGCAAAACCUUUAUCGCCGUCUGCAAAAACUAAUUCGAUCUCACUAUACCGUGAUUUGGAAAGAGAAUACCGUAAAUUGCCGAACAAUGACAUUCCUGUUGGUUUUUCUCCAGCUGCUUAUUCGUCAACUCCAUCUGCUGGCGAGCGAUUGGCAACUUAUGAAUACAAAAAUCAAACGAUAAAAACUACUAAACUUGGAGGUCACAUGGUUUCAUCGAAUCCAAUGGCUACUUCCACUCCUCUUGAUGGUUCACCGGCAACUAAUAGUCGCACGCAUACUUCCGCGAGUUAUAUGCUUAAUCGAAGUGGCUUCUCCUCAAUAGCGGCUUCGACAGCGCACGAAAUCGUUCAACUGCAACAGUCAGAUAUAGAGUUACAGACAAUAAAACAAGAAAUAAUGAUCCAAGAGGGUCAGAUUGCACAGGCAUCAUUGGCAUUAACUCACUGUAAGAGGAAUAACAGUUUUAAUGGAACUCUUGUUGAGCUAAGUGCUCAACGUGGUUUGUUACUGGCACGCGAACGACUUCUGGCAUUACGAAAUGAAAUGCAACGUUUGGAAAGACGUCGACUUAUCAAGGAAUCGGUUCCUCCAGUGACGAAACGUAUGCGUGGAGCUAUCGACCUUACAUCAAUUAAUGUUUAUCUUAACCGCAACUUUUGCAUCCGUAAUAUUGAUGAAAAUGUUUCGUACGCUUUCGUUAUCCUUUUGAAAACUGAUGAACAAGUAGAAGCUACGCAAACAGUUACACUAAUGGACACGCGAGCAUUACGUGUUAGCAAAGUUCAUUUUUCUGAUCAAAUUCGUUUCACAAAUCUACCAGUCGAUUUUACAGUGCUGUUGGAGAUCUAUGCUUUGAAAGUUACUGAAAAUCGUCGCUCGGAUGAUUAUUCAUGCAGCAUGCUGAAGAACAAAGCAAAGUCGUUGUUGAGUCCAUCUAAGAAGACAUGUGGUGACGAAUCAGUUGUGGGCUUCUCAGAAUUCACAUGCUGUGGACAUAUCUGUUUGAAUAGGGACACCAUUGGUAUACAAAAAUUCUAUUUGGAUGGAGCAGUUUAUCCACUGGAAGGAACAAUUGAGAUUGACUCUCGCUGCACGACGCUUCCUCCUACCAUUGAAAUCGAUUUCCGAGGAUUCUUGACAAUGUAUCAAGUAAUAUCUGGAUUGGGGUCAUGGGCUAGAUACUGGGCUGUGCUGCGCUGUGGUGUAGUGCAAUUUUGGAAAUAUCCGGAUGAUGAAGCUUCUGAAAAGCCUCCUCUCGCAUGUAUGGACCUUUCGAAAUGUACGGAUAAGGAAAUCAGCCAUGCAUCUCAUGAAAUCUGUUCACGUCCGAAUGCUUUCACCGUCGACCUUUUGGUUCCAACAACACCUUCCCUUAUAGAGAAGAAACGUGUAUUGUUAUCUGCGGAUACGAAGGAGCUUUGCAGUGCUUGGUUGAAUGCACUGAAUGGGACACUGGAGGUGCUUCGUGGAUAG